AACUAACCUAAUUCAUUUAUUUACCUCUUCUUAAUUAAGUUAUCACACUAUAAUAUCCAUAAGAUCAAUAUGGUUCAAAACCUACCAAAUAUGAUAGAAAAUAAUGAGAAUAUGUUAGAUAUGAAGCAGCUUCCUCCAGGGUUUAGGUUUGAUCCUACUGAUGAAGAGCUUGUACUUCAUUUCAUGUACUCCAAGCUUAAGCUUUCGUCGUCUUCGCGUAAUUAUCCUUCUAACAAUUGUAAUAAUCCUCAUCUUAUUCCCGAGUUAGAGGAUUUCUUUCAUCACUAUCAUCCUCGUCAACUUCAUGGUGAGGCGUUUGAGAGCUGUGGACAAUGGUACUUCUACACCAGAAAGACAGAGAACCGGGUAUCCGAAAACGGGUACUGGGAGGAAUUAGUGGGCAUGGAUCAACCCAUUUAUGCUGGAAAUAAUUGUAACAAGUUAGUAGGGUUGAAGAAAUGGUUGGUGUUCUACGACAAGGGAAUGUAUGCAUCAUCAGGGGUCAAAAAUGGAUGGUUCAUGCAAGAAUAUCAUGCAUGUAGCAAUAAUAAUCUCUUUAAAAGAAGAAAAUCAAAACAGCCAGCAGCUGAUGUGAUGAACAAGUGGGUUUUAUGUCGGGUGCAACAAGUAUGUGAUGAAUCUCAAUGGAUGAACACCUUAAAUGAAGACAAAUAUAACAACGAGGUGGAGCUUUCUUCUUCGGACGAAGCUGUGUUUUUAGCUAUGGAGGAGAAUGAUCAGGAUGAAGUAACUUACCCAUAUUAAAAACAUAUACGAAGUCUGUACGGAGUAAUAUAUAUACCACCGCCAAGCUUGUACAAAAAAGGAAAAACAUAGCAAUAUAGGAAAGAAAAAAAAAGAGAUAAAAGUGCAAAUAAUUUAACAUAAACAGUUUUUUUAUCCCUUGUAAAUAUUAGCUCAAGUGAAGUUUCAUUUUUCUUAUUUAUAAAGCUAAUUAUAUAGAGUUCAUUAGCUAUAAUUUUGUAUCUUGUAUGUGUUAUUUUCAUUAAUGAAGUUUCUUGUACAUUGAA